AUGGCGUGCGCUUCGGGUCUUGUCACAUUCGUAGGCGACUUUCGCACAAGAGUUCGACACAAGUUCAUUCAUUUCUUUCAUGCCGCUGAAGAGCAUCAAGAGACAGAGGAAGAGCGUGAACACAACUUCCAAACCAAGUUGCAUCGAUACAACUCCUUUGCCCCUGUGCGUCAUGACUCUCAAGUCAAGUUUUACAUAGACGGUCAUGACUAUUGCUGGGCUGUGUCCGAGGCAAUUGAAAGUGCAAAGCAUGUGAUAUUCAUUGAAGACUGGUGGCUGUACUUGAGACGACCAGCAUCCCGUUAUCCAGAGUAUCGCAUUGAUGCUUUAUUGAAGCGAAAAGCUGAAGAAGGUGUCAAGAUUUAUAUUGUUGUAUACAAGGAAGUAGAGGUGGCCAUGACGUUGGAUAGUCGACACACUAAGCAUUGGCUGCAAGAUCUGCAUGCAAACAUUGUUGUGCAACGACAUCCGGACCAUGCAAUCGGCGGUACCUUUUUCUGGUCUCACCAUGAGAAGUUUGUUGUGGUCGAUCAACGAAUUGCAUUCCUUGGUGGCAUUGAUCUUUGCUUUGGCCGCUGGGACACCCAUACCCAUCAAUUGGCUGACUUCCAAGGACCAGAGCAGAAUAUGAGACUUUUCCCAGGCCAGGAUUAUAGUGAUGCUCGCGUGUGCGAUUUCAAGGAUGUUCAAAAUUGGGAUAUGGUGCUAAUUGAUAGAUCCAUCGUUCCACGUAUGCCAUGGCAUGACAUGUCGCUGUGUAUGGUGGGUGGACCUGUCUUGGAUGUAUGCCGUCAUUUCUGUGAGCGAUGGAAUUUCAUCAAACACGAAAAAGCUUUGGAUAAAGAGCGCGUGCCUUUUAUUCAGCCUCCUCUUGGUGGUUUCAACACUUAUCAAAAGUUCAAACUCCCAGAGGCUGAUGACCGUGGCCAUCGUCGCCAUCGAUUUGAGCCUGGAACGCGUGGUGUCAAGGGUACAUGUCGCACACAAGUACUUCGUAGCGUUGGUGAAUGGAGCAUUGGCUUGGAAACCGAACAUUCUAUCCAAAACGCUUACAUUGCUGCCAUCCAUGAUGCCAAGCACUUUGUUUACAUUGAAAACCAGUUUUUCAUCACUGCAACUGAAAAAGAUGACAAUGAUAUCUUGAAGAACCAAAUUGGUCAAGCCAUUGUCAGACGUAUUAUUCGUGCACACGAAGAGCGUGACAAUUUCAAAGUGAUUGUGUUGAUGCCUUUGAUGCCUGCUUUCCCAGCUGAUCUUGCUACUAAGGAGGCAGCAAAUGCACGCCUGAUUAUGUACUACCAAUAUGUGUCUAUCUGUCGCGGUGGAAAGAGCAUUAUGGAAAAAUUGGAAGCUGCAGGUAUCGACCCCACUCAAUACAUUCGCUUCUACAGUCUUCGCAGCUAUGAUCGUAUCAAUCGUCGAAAGAUGGAGGAAAUGUUGGUACGCGCUGCAGGCUACUCAUCCGACGUGACACAAAGCCUGGAACAACAAGUGGAAGCGACAGCUGUCAGUGAAGAAGGAGAAGCCAAAAUCAGGUGGUCGGCAGAAGUAUAUGAUGCAGAUUCCUGCGUCGCCUCCGAUUCUAUUGCUCACUAUGCUAUGAAGGAUGGCGGUGACUUGAUGAAGGAGCCAUGGAUCACUGAUACAUCUUCCUCAGCUCCACGUGAUGCUGCUGCUGAACGUGAAGAACGUGAGGCCUAUGUCUCGGAAGAAUCUUACAUUCAUGCCAAACUCUUGAUUGCAGAUGACCGUUUGGUGAUUAUGGGCUCAGCCAACUUGAAUGACAGAUCCCAAUGUGGCGAUCGUGACUCCGAAAUCGCACUUUUGGUAGAAGAUCAGGAUAUGAUCCCAUCUCGCAUGAAUGGUCGUUAUUAUGAAGCCGCUAAAUUCGCAGCUACAUUGCGUCGACAGCUAUGGAAAGAACAUUUGGGCUUACUUCCCCAUGAACCUGCUGAUGAAGUCAACGAUGCAAUGUUACCACUUCCCGUGCCACAAAUUGACCAUACUGGUACUGAGGAAGAUCGUUUAGUUAUGGAUCCCUUAGGCGAGGAUACCCAAAAGCUAUGGAAUUCCACAGCCAGAACUAAUACUGAAGCCUUCCGCAAGGUGUUCCAUUGCGUUCCCGAUGACAAUGUGACCACUUGGGAUGAAUAUCACUCGUUCUAUCCUGACCAAAACAAGACCGAUAUUGGACACAUUGCCGACAAGGAGAUGCCUGUUUCUGUUAUCCGACAAGAAUUAAGCCAGAUUCGUGGACAUUUGGUGGAGUUCCCUACCAAGUUCCUUGAGAAUGUGGAUAUGAAAGGAGAAUCCAUUCCUUUCCUAAGCGAUGCUGUUCAAGAGUUAUACACUUAA